UCCAGAAAAGCCAAUUCCCUUUGCAAGGAUGGCCCAAAGCCAAAUGUGAGGGCCAAGGCCUGGAAGAGCUGGAUUUGGAGCUCCUCCUUCCUUCCUGCUUUUCUCUCUAGUCCCCCCUCCUCCUGCAACCAAGACAAAGUCCUGGCCCUUCCAGUGACUGCGCCUGGAAACUAGCUGGAGUUUAAAACUGAGCUGAAAAUGAUUGCCACAAAUCAGAAGUUAGGAAGAGCUUUUGCUUUCUUUAACCACCUGUGCAGGAGAACAGCACACACUGCAGCCGGGGGCCACCUGAAGCCGGAAUACGAUGCUGUGAUAAUAGGAGCAGGACACAAUGGACUGAUUGCAGCAGCCUACCUGCAGAAGUUGGGAGUAAACACAGCUGUCCUAGAGAAACGUCACUUGAUUGGAGGUGCAGCUGUCACUGAAGAGCUCAUCCCAGGCUUCAAAUUUUCCCGAGCUUCCUACCUCCUCAGCCUUCUACGGCCCCAGAUUUAUAAAGACUUGGAACUGAAGAAACAUGGACUAAAGGUGUAUCUUCGAAACCCCUACUCCUUCACCCCUAUGUUGGAAGAAGGAAUCCAAGGCAAACCCCCACGGUCACUAUUACUAGGGACAGACAUGGCUGAAACCCAGAAACAGAUUGCCCAGUUUUCUCCAAAGGAUGCUCAGGCUUUUCCCAAAUAUGAAAUGUUCAUGAAUCGUUUGGCAGCAGCAAUUGAUCCAUUACUGGAUUCCUCUCCAGUAGACACAACUGCCUUUCAAGGCAGGUCCCUGUAUCAAAGACUGAAGGCCCUCUUCACACUUAAACCCCUUUUACAAGCAGGUCUAAUUUUAGGAGCACAGCUUCCCCAGUAUUACCAAGUUAUCACUGGCCCAAUUACCAAGGUGUUGGAUGAAUGGUUUGAAUCUGAGCCUUUGAAAGCAACCCUUGCCACAGAUGCUGUAAUCGGAGCCAUGACAAGUCCCUAUACUCCUGGAAGUGGGUAUGUGCUGCUACACCAUGUAAUGGGCGGCCUAGAGGGGAAGAAAGGAGCCUGGGGGUAUGUCGAAGGUGGUAUGGGUGCUCUCUCUCAUGCUAUUGCAAAGGCAGCAGAAGCACAUGGAGCAAAUAUCUUCACAGAAAAGUCUGUGGAUAAGGUACAAGUGAACAGCAGUGGACGAGUCCAGGGAGUUGUCCUAAAGGAUGGAACUGAAGUGAGGAGCAAACUGGUGCUGUCCAAUGCAUCUCCACAGAUCACCUUCCUGAAGCUGGCACCUCAGGAGCAGCUCCCUGAGGAGUUCAUUAAGAGAAUCUCUCAGUUGGACAUCCAGUCACCAGUCACCAAGAUUAAUGUGGCUGUAGACAAACUGCCCAACUUCCUGGCAGCACCAAAUGUCAUCAGUGGUCAACCCCUGCCUCAUCACCAGUGUUCUAUCCACCUGAAUUGUGAAGACACUCAAAUCCUCCACCAGGCAUUCGAGGAUGCCACCAAGGGGAUACCUUCUCGCAGGCCAAUGAUUGAACUUUGUAUUCCAUCAUCACUGGACCCCACAUUGGCUCCACCUGGCUGCCAUGUUAUCUCACUCUUCACUCAGUACACUCCCUACACCAUGACAGGUGGAAAGAUCUGGGAUGAGCAAGAGAGAAAUACGUAUGCUGACAGAGUGUUUGACUGCAUUGAGGCCUAUGCCCCAGGCUUCAAGAAAUCAGUAAUCGGCAGAGACAUCCUGACACCACCUGAUCUCGAGAGAGUCUUUGGACUUCCUGGAGGGAACAUAUUCCAUGGAGCCAUGUCCCUGGAUCAGCUCUAUUUUGCCAGACCGCUGCCACCCCACUCCAACUACCGCUCUCCAAUCCGGGGUCUGUACCUCUGUGGCAGUGGCGCCCAUCCAGGAGGAGGUGUUAUGGGAGCAGCUGGACGCAAUGCAGCUCAAGUGGCCUUUGAAGAUUUCAAGAAUUUUUGAGCCACUGAACUGACUUAAGAAAGAGCUACUGUGAAGACCCUGAGGGCUCUGUCUACCCAUAAGUUCAACUUUAUAAGACCCUCUCUUUUAAACCAGAAUAUAUCUGGAUAGUUGAGACCUUACAUCAAAGUGGUAUAAUCAAGAAUGCUAUCUUUGGAGUCAAAAGAAACCUAUGUUAGAAUCCCAUGAAUUGGGUUUAUGUGUCUUUUGACCAUGAGCAAGGUAUACAACAUUUCUGAGCCUUAAUGUCCUCAUCUGAUGAUAAUAAUUCCUGUAACACCUACCUCAUAAGAUUGUUGAGAGGGUCAAAUACGGUUACAUGUAUAAAAGUACUAUCAAUGUCAGCCAUUAUAAUGGUUACUAGUAUCUAAUGGGAUAUGGAUAGUAUGUAGUAAUUUUAUAACAAUGGGACCCCCAAAUAUGAUUACAGAUACAGCAAUCACACAUCUCAGAUAUCCUGGGAAAAUACCAAUUUAAAUUUUAAAUCAUGCUUGAAUUCUUGUUAUGAAUACAAAUUGAUUUAUUUUCUGAAUGAAUCUGAAAUCUUGAAAAAUCUUUAUUUAAAAAAUUUUACAUAAAUAUUCAUUAGUGAAAUUGGUCUAAAAUUCUCUUUCUGUGCUUUGUCUCUCUCUGGUUGUGAGACUAUAUUUGUCUCAAAAAAAGGAUUAAUUUCCCAUUUUUAUAAAUAAUGUUUGUAAAAUAGUUAUUAAUUGUUCUCUAAAUGAUUGAUAGAAUUUACUAGUAUAACUAUCUGGAUUAGAAACUCCCCCACUUUCAGUAGUUUAUUUAGGGUUUGUUCAAUUUUUUUUCCAAGUUUGAUCAGUUAAGUUUUCUACAUCUUAUUUUUGGUAUUUGCAGACACUAAUUUUUUCCUUUAAAUUCACAGUUUUGUUGUUGAAAUAGUUUCUGAUAAUUAUCUUUCCUCUUUGUUAUGAAUUUAUCCCAUUCGUUUUAAGUUUGAUUUUCCUUCCUUUUUUUUUUUCUUUUUUGAGCUGGGUAGAUAAUAGUUUUCUAAUUUUGUUAGCUGACAAAAAGCAAAACAAAACAUUGCCUAGUUUUACUUAUCAGUUCUAUAAUCUCAAUCUCAGUUUUCAGAAAACAAAGUACACUUAACACAAAGCUGUGCCAAAAGAAUAUCUUUAGUUAGACCAUAUGUCUUGAUUUUUGUUUGAGAAAAUAUUACUAUAGUCAUCACAUAUAUAAAAUGUGAGUAACAGAAACAAACAAAUAGAUAAAAUGUGAGUGCAUGGGGGAAAGAGAAAAACUUUUUAGGAGGUACUAGGCUUCCCAGAUUGGGUCAGGCAUCCAAAUGCAUCUUCAGAGGAUGGCAACAUGUUUUGACUCUCAUAACAAGAUGCUUAUGCAGAAGUGAUCCUUUGUGAGAAAUUUGUUAGAAUGAUUAUUCAGUUAUAAUUUGUUACCUUUUUCCUUUGUAGUCAUGUGAUAGAACACCACAAUUUUCAUAUAAACAGAGAAAUUACUACCAGCCUAGCAAAUUUUUCCAAGGCAAGCAACAAGGCCAGGUUAGGUACGAUUAUGAGCAGGGCUUGGUUUGGGCAUGAUUAUUAAAUCAGCUGGUUUUAUUCUAAGGACAGAUGUUUUUAUCUCCCCUUCUUCCAUUUUUAGUCUCCCAGAUACCUAUCCUUCUUCCUGGUAAAGAAUUCAGAAGUCAGCUACUCAAUCUCUUCAUUUUUGCAGAUGAGGAAACUGAAUCUUAGACAGUUUAAGGGACUUGUCUAAGGUCACAUGGAAAAUAAUAAAAUUACUUGUCCUUCAAAA